AUCAGCGAAAAAAAUAAAAAGGCAAUGAUAAACAGCUAAGCCUACCACACACACUUGCUUCCUUUUCCUUUUCAUUGAUUUUCGAUUUCCGUGUCAAGCAAGCAUCCAUAUCAGACACCACACUCCCACCAUUUCUUAACCCAUGGGCAAAAACCUAGCCCCAAACCCUCUCAUCCACAAUUCCAUCUUUUCGUCUCAAUUAUACCCUUUGCUUGCCUUCUAAUCUUUCUCAUAACCCACCUUUCCCUGUUAAUUUUUCCCGCAAGAUUCAUUUUUUUUCUUUUUCCGGGUUUUCAGUUGAUACGUUGAUUUUUCUUUCUGGGGUACCUUGAAUCGGUUGGGUUUUUGUUUCUUCGAUUGUGAAUCUAUAUCGAAAUGGGACAGGAGGUAGUGGUGGUGGCGCCGGCUGGGUUGGGAGCGCCGCCGCCGACAUCUCUAGCGCCGGGUUUUAGAUUUCAUCCUACGGAUGAGGAGUUGGUAAGGUAUUAUUUGAGGAGGAAAGCUUGUAGGAAGCCUUUUCGGUUUCAAGCUGUGACUGAAAUUGAUGUGUACAAAUCUGAGCCUUGGGAGCUUGCUGAAUAUUCAUCUCUAAAGACGAGAGAUCUGGAGUGGUACUUUUUUAGCCCAGUCGACCGGAAGUAUGGCAAUGGGUCCCGGCUUAAUCGCGCCACCGGAAAAGGAUACUGGAAAGCAACUGGGAAAGAUAGAGCUGUGCGCCACAAGAGCCAGACAAUAGGAAUGAAGAAAACGCUCGUUUUUCAUAGCGGGCGAGCCCCAGAUGGCAAGAGAACAAAUUGGGUGAUGCAUGAAUAUCGGCUUUGUGAUUCCGAAUUGGAAAGUGCAGGUGUUACUCAGGGCUCUCCGCCCCUCACCAUUGCUCCUCCACAGAUUGACAACAAUCAAAUCGGGUCCCACAGCCUCCCGUUUGCAUGCAAGAGGGAAAGAUCUGAAGACCAUGAAAUCGAGCCCCUCUCCCUAUCCCAAUCCAAACGGUCAAAGUCAAAGCAAGAUGAUCCCAACUCGAGCCAUGCAAAUGGAUCAGAGGAGUCCACCACAACCAGCCAAGACCAAAUGAUGAUGACGACAAAUUUUUCCUGCAAGCUACUAGAAUUCCCCUUGUUAGAACCCAUAGAGCCUAAGGAAAAUAAUAAUAAUAAUAACAUUAUUAGUAAAAAUAAUAAAAAUAGUAACAGUAAUCCGGUGAAUGCCCUCACGUUUGAUUCAUCGAACCUGGAGAAAUCUGUGCCGCCCGGUUACUUGAAAUUCAUCAGCAAUUUGGAGAAUGAGAUAUUAAAUGUUUCAAUGGAGCGCGAGACGUUGAAGAUUGAGGUGAUGCGGGCCCAAGCAAUGAUCAACAUUCUUCAGUCUCAGGAACCCUCAAUCUGUAUGGCGUUGUCUACUGUGGCCAAGAAGAAAUCAUCAUCGAGUCUGCUGGCUCCAGGUUUCCGUUUCCACCCGACGGACGAGGAGUUGGUGCGCUACUAUCUGAGACGAAAAGUCUGCGGCAAGGGUUUUCGAUUUGAUGCAAUUUCCGACGUCGAUAUCUACAAGGCCGAGCCAUGGGAUCUACCUAGUAUGCGCCUCUUGAACUCAUCUCCAAAUCGGUUAAGAUUGAGACUAUCAUACAUCACUGGUCUCGAGCAUAGUUUUAGAUGGCUAUGCUUUGGCCUCGCCAUGGCCUGCCCCGACAAAGGCUAUUGGAAAUUGCAUCGCCACAGUCUGGACGCCAUAGGUUUCUCAAAGCUGAAGACUAGAGAUCUUGAAUGGUAUUUCUUCAGUGUUCUAGACAAGAAGUAUGGUAACGGAGCAAGGACCAAUCGUGCCACUGAAAAAGGAUAUUGGAAGACAACUGGAAAAGACAGGGCUGUCUACCAUAAAACACAGAUUGUUGGAAUGAAGAAAACACUUGUUUAUCAUAUUGGCCGUGCUCCAAAGGGCCAGAGGACUAAUUGGGUUAUGCAUGAGUAUAGACUUGCUGACUUGGAGUUGGUGAAAGCUGGGAUCAUUCAGGAUGCAUUCGUGCUUUGCCGAGUCUUUCAGAAAAGUGGUUCAGGGCCAAAGAACGGCGAACAGUAUGGUGCACCUUUUGUGGACGAGGAAUGGGAGAAUGACGAGUUGGAAUUUUUUCCAAAUGCUGAGGUUGUAGAAGAGGUUGACUUUGGUGACGAUGCUUAUGUUGAUGGCGAUGACGUUCAGCAGAUUCUUGCAUCAUCAGAUGUUCCAUACGAUGUUUCUCCUCCGUUGAAUCCCCAAUCUGCCAAUGGCAAACUCGACCUGCAGACUGCUGAGUCUGUCAAUGACACCCCAAAGCCAUUGCUGACUGCCAGUGAACAAUACAGUGAAUUCGAGCAGCAGCAUGAAAUGGAUGCAAUGGCAGUGAAGCAUGAAAAUUUAGGAGAAUCGAGCAAAUCUCAUGAUCCUUCUGAUGAUUUGUUGGAUUACUUACUUGAUGAACCAUUUGUUGAUGCUCCUGAUGGGCUUCCUUACAGCAAUGGAGGAUUUCUUGAAGCUAAUGAUCUCACAAAUCCUGUUGAUAAUGAUACCUCUGCUUUUGAUAUGCUUGAGGAAUACCUUACAUUUUUCGAUGCCAAUGACAACAGUACAGAGCAGUUUGUGUUUGAUCCUUCACUGAUGCUGGGAACUGAGGAUCUUGUUUCUGGUCGGGCAUUGGUCCCUACAGAGGAUCUGAAUGGCGGGACUGAGCAAUCGGGUCUGCAGAAUGGAUUUCUUGUUAAUGAUAAUAAUGGUAUUGAAUUGCCGUCAUCUAAUAAGCUGGAUUCUGCUAAAUAUGAUUCAGACGUUCAGUAUCCUUUCUUCAAGAAGGCAAGCCAGAUGUUGAGCGGCAUUUCUGCUCCGCCUGCCUUUGCUUCUGAGUUCCCUUCGAAAGAUGCCGUGCUUCGCCUCAAUUCCUUGUCCCAACCUUCCAGCUCGGUUCGUGUCACAGCUGGCAUGAUUCAGAUAAGAAAUUUGAGCUCAUCAGAUCGAAGCCAGCCACUGAGCAAGUCUCAAACCUCCAACAUUGUUCUCUCGUUUGGCUUUUCGCUGGAAUCCAGUCUGAGUGUACUUCAAGUGAGUGUCCUAAGUGAUGCUUUUCACUAUAAUGGUUCGCCAUACUGGAAGGGUCAGGUUGAUUUUGCAAUUGAACUAAAAAAUUUUCCAAGAUCAACCCUUGGGAGAACGGACAAAAAACGGCAAGGGUAUUGUCAAAUCGGGAACAUAUGGAAAAGAGUCACUGAAGACAACGGCAAGGAAAACCUAGGGUUUAUCGGAGAAGUGGCUACGAAAGAGGAUAAGGAAUUGGGGACCAUCGAGGUUAAAGUCAGCUGUUGGGCUAAAGGAAAUUGA